GUGGCUGUAUUCUUGGAAAAUCCAAUAAUUUACAGUGCUUUAAUUUCUUAAUCGUUUUAAGUUAAUUUCAAUAAAAUAGUGAAUAAUGGCUGAAGCCAAGUAUGAUGACGACCCUGAGCUUUUUGAGGUGAAAAAUGAAGACCCAGACUUUGGCACCCCGCCAUGGGAAGACGAAAAGAAAGCAGAUUACUGGAUGGGUGGUGUAUUUCAGUGUUUUUCGAACGUGGUGUCAAUGUUUAAAGGCGAAGAAUACAAAUCCCUAAAAGAAAAUGUGGAAGUUCCAAUUGAAAAAAUAACAGACUUGUUUUACUUGGGCUCUGGAGCUCAAGGUGUGGUGUUUGGUGCACAUCUAGAUGGCGAAAAGGUUGCUGUUAAACAGUUACGCACUAAACAUGAGACUAAUAUCAGACAUCUCUUGAAGUUAAAUCAUGAAAAUAUUGUUCGCUUUGUGGGGGUGUGCACAAACCCGCCAGACUUCUGCAUCAUUAUGGAGUACUGUCAAUAUGGAUCACUGUUUGACUUUCUUCAUAGCAACACUGUAUUUAUGCCAAAGCAACUAUUGAAAUGGGCUAAGGAAAUAGCUCGUGGCAUGGCAUAUCUACAUGCUCAUAAGAUUAUCCAUCGAGAUCUUAAAAGCCCCAAUAUACUCAUCUCUGACGAAUUGGUGGUAAAAGUGAGUGACUUCGGCACAAGCCGUGAAUGGAAUGACGUCAGUGCAGUUAUGAGUUUCACUGGCACUGUGGCCUGGAUGGCUCCGGAAGUGAUACGCCACGAGCCGUGCUCUGAACGAGUUGACGUUUGGUCCUUUGGUGUUGUCAUGUGGGAGCUGCUCACUGCUGAAGUCCCAUACAAGAACCUAGAGACACAUGCAAUUAUGUGGGGUGUCGGCACCAACUCAAUUGCUCUUCCGAUCCCGAGCAAUUGCCCUAGCAGCUUGCAACAAUUGCUUAAACAAUGCUGGAACCGUGUGCCGCGCAACCGGCCGCCAUUCAAGAUCAUAGCUGCCCACUUAGAGAUGGCAGGAGGAGAUCUACGCAAUAUGGAUACAGAGACAUUCAAAAACAUACAAAAUGGAUGGCGCGCUGAAGUUCACCAGUGCAUGGAGCGUCUGUAUGCCAGGUAUCGUCAGCAAGAGAAUACGGACGUUGUGGCUCAGCGUCGUGAAGAUCUUAAGCAAGCUCGCGAUCUCCGUUACGUUUACGAACAGCAAGUGUCGAGGGCUAACGAGCUAUUUCUAGAAGUCUGCGCUGUAAGACUUCAACUCGAACAACGUGAAAGAACCAUCGCUGAGAAAGAGAACGCAUUGAACGAGUGUCGUUGUGGACAUCGUGCUAAAUUAUUCCAGCGUCAAACAUCAUCUUCUUCUGAUGGCAUGAAAAUGCCCAUUCUUGAGCAACGCCGUCGAAAGAAGAAACUCGAGCCGGUAAUUCCCGUUCAAGUAGUCGUUCAAUACGACGAAAAGAACUCCGACACCACAACAGCUGUCGACAACGCUGCUUGUCCAUGCACUGAACAAGCUCGCUAUUAUCAGAACAACAACCAGAUAAAGAAGGAGACUGUCAUUGAAAUCGAGGAUAAUGGGAAUGUCAUUGUCAAGGACACGGCCAAUAAUGAUUUCCUUAACGAUAAUUAUAUUCCAGAUGUUGCUCAAGUUUAA